AUGGACGCAGCAACAGCAGAAUUAUCUCUAGAAAGCAAUCCUAUAUCGCCAGAAAGCAGCGAUGGCAAUGUUGAAUCCAGAAUAAGUCCCAAUGAUGAUGCGGAACGAAAUGCAGGAUUCCUCUAUUCGGAUGGUCAAAGUAAUCCUCCGGACGAUGUGGAGAAUGCCACUAUUGAAGACUCUGUGGUUCAACUUCCGCAGCAAGCCUUUCAGAAUCGGCGCCAACUGAUCGCUGUUCGGCUAGGUGCUGGUUUGCAAGUUAUUGGGAGGGAUUGCUUUGAAGGAUGCCGCGAAUUGGAGUCUGUGGAGAUUCCAGAGUCCGUCACAGAAAUUCGAUCCUUUGCGUUUGCUGGUUGCUACAAUCUGAAGGAUUUAUGUCUAAGGCAAGGAUUGGAAAUAAUAGACACAGGUGCCUUUGUCUCUUGUAUCUGGCUCAAGACGGUCAAGAUUCCUUCGGGUAUUCAUCUCGUAAGAAGUCAUGCGUUUUCCUUUUGCAUUCGACUGACCACUCUGGACUUGCCAGAAGGUCUUCAGAAUAUUGCUCCCAAGGCCUUUCGACAGUGUAUUUCUUUGAUGACUGUUCGGAUUCCCUCUACUGUGAUUAUCAUCAAGAUUUGCGCCUUUUUGGAUUGCAAGAACUUGCUUUCCGUCGAAAUGGCAGAAAAUGGGCUGCAACGAAUUGAAGCCAGGGCCUUUCAAAAUUGCGAGGACCUAAGAAGUUUCUUUCUCCCUGCUACUGUCGACCGAAUUGGUGAAGAUGUCUUUGAUGGCUGCACCAAGCUAAAGGAGGCUCUACCAUCAGAUGCUGGUGCCAUGUUGGAAAGCCUUCGCCAUCGUUUUGAUGGGAAACCAAUUCACAAGCUGGCCUACUUUCACUCGUUCCAAAAUGUGGACACGGUGAUGGAUGCCAUGACUGCCUUCUUUGCAGAAGAAGAGGAAGAGGGACCUCCCGAUACGGACAUCUUUCAAAUGUGCCCACUGCACAUUAUCGCUCUGUCCUCCAAGCCUGAUGUGGAAGUUGCUCUGCAACUAGUCCGACAUUAUUCGGACUACCAUACGAUGGAAGAUGCCUGGGGCCGCUUGCCCGUAAUCUAUCUCUGUCAAAGUGCACCACCAAACUCGCUAAAGCUGGUGCAGCUUGUAGCCAAGGUCAUUCUACCAGCCAUACUGGAUACUUUCCAUUUGCAAGUUUGGGAGCGUCAAAUUGCAAAUUACAUUUCCAAGAUGGACGAAUCCAACGACUGCCGAGCACGGUCCGCUCAGAUCCAGCGAGUCCUAAGACUGGUGGAAAAGUACCGGAACAAGGAAAAGAUGUGUCUGAUCGAAUGGACCAUGUGGAAAACGAAGAUGGAUCAGCUCCAUCCUUCCACCACCGAAGAAACUUUGGAACGACCGUCCAAGAGAAGUCGCCAAUCGACUACCUCGUCGUCUCAAAUGACACUGCCGUCAAAUCGAAUACAAUCUCGAACGCUUUGUGGAGCAGACGUUGUAAUAUCCAAUGUGGUACCGUUUCUAAUGGCCGUUGAAUAG